AUGCCAUUUAACAGUUCAAAUUUUUUGAAAUUCUGCAGAGAUUGGGAAAUACAAAUUGUAACUUCAAGUCCAAAUUAUCCACGAAGCAAUGAUCUUUCUGAGAGAUUUGUACAGUCUAUCAAGAAUUUGCUGAAAAAGGCUGAUGAUUCUAAUAGAGAUGUUUAUCUGUCGUUACUUGAAUUUCGUAAUACUCCAAUUUCUGAUAUGUCAUAUUCACCGUCUGAAUUACUGAUGAGCAGGAAGCUAAGGUCGAAAAUACCUGUUUCAAAGAAACUUUUGAAUCCGAAAGUUGCAAAGAAUGUUCACUCUCAUUUGCAUCAAAGACAGAUGAAACAGAAGAAAUUUCAUGAUAGAUCUGCUAGGCAGAUGAAAGAAUUACAAAAUCAAGAUGUUGUAAGAAUCAGACGUGAUGGUGAAUGGAUUCCUGCAAUUGUGGUUGGUAAACAUAAUACACCCAGAUCAUAUUAUGUUGAGACUCCUGAUGGUUCAAGAUAUAGAAGGAAUCGAUAUCAUCUUUUGAAAACAAGAGAAGAUAUACCUACAUAUACUGGUCCGGUGAUUGACUCAACUUAUGAUCAUGAAGAAAAUGAAAAUGUUCAAGUACCACAAAGACAAUUAAGAAGAUCUAGGAGGAAUAGAAGAAGACCUCGUCGUUUUAUUGAAGAAUAUUAA